AUGCUAAAAGAAACACUUAGAAGUUGCUUUAAUAUGUCUAAAAAAGUUAUAGUUAUUGCUGGUACGACAGGAGUGGGCAAGUCUCAAUUAUCCAUACAAUUGGCCAAACAAUUCAAUGGUGAAAUCAUCAAUUCGGACUCGAUGCAGGUUUAUAAAGAUGUACCGAUCAUGACAAACAAGCAUCCGCUUCAAGAAAGGGAGGGUAUUCCUCAUCAUGUAAUGAACCAUGUCGGUUGGUCAGAAGAAUACUAUUCGCAUCGUUUUGAAACCGAAUGCAUGAAAGCUAUUGAAGAUAUUCACCAAAAAGGCAAAAUACCCAUCGUUGUUGGAGGUACGCAUUAUUAUUUACAGACCCUUUUCAAUAAGAAAGUGGAUACAAAGUCGUCGGACCGUAUUCUCACAGCGAAACAGCUUGAAAUUUUGCAAUCUACUGACCCCGAUGUCGUUUACAACACUCUUUUAGAGUGUGAUCCUGAUAUAGCUAGUAAAUACCAUCCUAAUGAUUACAGAAGAGUGCAACGGAUGCUCGAAAUUUACUAUAAGACAGGCAAAAAACCAAGCGAAACAUUCAAUGAACAAAAAAUUACUUUGAAGUUUGACACCCUAUUUCUAUGGCUAUACAGUAAGCCUGAACCACUUUUCCAGAGACUGGACGAUCGGGUCGACGACAUGCUAGAAAGGGGCGCCUUACAGGAAAUUGAACAGCUAUACGAGUACUACAAUCGAAACAAAUUCUCGCCGGAGCAAUGUGAGAAUGGUGUUUGGCAAGUUAUUGGCUUCAAAGAAUUCUUGCCAUGGUUAAGCCGAAAACCGGACGACAGUACAGUCCAAUUGGAGGAUUGUAUAGAACGAAUGAAAACCAGAACGCGCCAGUACGCUAAAAGACAGGUGAAAUGGAUCAAGAAAAUGCUUAUACCCGACAUCAAAGGCGAUAUUUACCUGUUGGAUGCAACCGAUCUUUCUCAAUGGGAUGUCACUGCCUCCCAAAGAGCAAUUGCUAUUUCCAACAAUUUUAUUAACAAUGUGCCUAUCGAGCAAGAAAGAGCACCUGAAGACCUGCGGGACCUGUUGUCCGAAGGUGAAACUACGAUGAAAAAAUUGGCUGACUGGACACAUUUUACUUGCAAUGUCUGCCGUAACCAGGAUGGUAAGAAUGUUGUGGCUAUUGGUCAGAAGUACUGGAAUAUUCAUUUGAGCAGCAGAAGACACAAGUCCAACUUGAAAAGAAGCGCUCGGCAAGCUGAUUUUGAGAAAUGGAAAAUACAUAAAAGAGAUAAUGUCGAAUAA